GGAAACAUGCACUGAUGAGCUUUGUGCCGCUUACCAAGCUGGAUGUGCACAGAUGAAAGUCAAACCAAGUCAGAGUAUCAUUCGACAACUCCAGACGGUGAAGGAUUUCACAGUUCGAGCAGAAAGUCUCAAUCUUCAAGGUGAAAAGCUAGAUCUAAAAGCUGUGGAGACCUUAGAGGAGGUAUUCAAAAGGGUUCAGUUCAACACUAUAGAUGUGGAAGGCACAUCGAUGGAUGAUGAGGCUACCAUGGCAAUGUGUGACAUGAUAGAGUUUUAUCAGUCUACAUGUAAGCUCAUCUAUGCAAGUAAUAGAUCUAUUGGGUUCAGAGGUUGGCAAGCAGCCUCAAGGCUUCUUAGAAGGACACCCUGUCUGCACACGUUUGAUGCCAGAAACACCUGUUGGACAGAACAUAGUAUGCCUGCAAUGUCAAGGGCUAUGAGAGUUGAUUCUUCCAUCACAGCACUGCACCUAGAGGCUUGUAACCUUUCUGGCAGACCACACUUUCUACUCAUGUCAGCUUUACGUACAAACUCAACCCUGAGGGAGAUAUUCCUCGCAGACAAUCGUUUGAUGCCCUCUGAUGCAAUCCAUAUUGGUGGAAUGUUACGACACAACUCUGGUCUCAAACUCCUUGAUCUUAGAAAUAACAAUAUACAGGAUACAGGUCUAUCCCACAUAAGCAAUGGUCUAUCAGCUCAGUCUAAGGGAGGUCUCUCAACUCUUGUUCUCUGGAAUAAUCACAUCACUCAUAAUGGUGUAGCUCACCUUGGUAAAGCAUUGAUAAAGUCUACCAAUCUUGAAACUCUGAAUCUUGGUCAAAACAACCUUGGAACCGAUGGAAUCCAUUUCUUGAAGGAUGGUCUUAUGAAGAAUAAAGCUUUGAUGAGACUGGGUUUAUAUGCAUGCAAGAUAUCUGAUGAAGGUGCAGUAGCCUUGGCUGAAUACCUAGCUGACAACUGUUAUCUGAUGAGACUUGAUUUAAGAGAAAAUGACAUACGGACCGGAGGCAUGAUGGCGCUAUCACUCUCGUUAAACGUCAAUACUAUUCUGCUUAGACUAGACCUUGAUAAAGAUGUCAAGAAAGAAUCACUCAAAGGGUAUGAAGAACUCCAACAAUCUCUCCUGUCUGAAAUAUGCAGUCACCUCUCACGGAAUCGAACUAUCCUUGAACAUCAUCAAAAAGAAGAGGAGGAGCGAGCAAAGAAUGCCUAUGCAAAUCAAAAGGCACAAUCAGAAAAGACAGACAAUGAAAUAGUUAAUGCAACUUCAGAUCCCAAAGUUAAUGAAAUGAGUAGACAGGAAGUAGUAAGAGAUACUAGGGACCCUUUGAUGGGCAUUGAGAGUGCUCAAGAGGCACUUGUGGUCUUAGGAAGCAGACCUAAAAGUGGGCAAAAGACCCAGAAACCAAGCAAAGAUGUCAAACCACAAGAAGUAGGAGGAUCAAGCAUUGUGAGUGGUCUAGAACAAAACGGGGAAGUAAAAGAAAUUUUGCCAUCGUCUAUGCUAUUAGUAACUUCAGCAAUACCAUUACAGAGUCAUUCAGAAGGAGAAUCAAUAUCAACUCAAGAACUUUCAUCAGAAGUAUCAUCAUCUUCAUUAUCUACAGUCUCUGCUUCCAGUUUACCAUCAAGUCAACCCCAAACAGCUCCUGAAGGAGAGAAUCUUUUCAACUCUGAUCACUCACCAUCAGUCAUUCCGUUGCUUGCUCAUAGCUCGAGAAGUGGAAGUAUUACAAAAAUUGAAAUCCCCAAGGACGAAUCUAAACUUCUUCACAGUGACAGCAUCGAUGUCGAAUCUCCAACAUCUCCUACGAACUUGAAACCAUUGGAUAUUCCCAGUGCAAUCCCAGAUGUCAAUGAAGAACAAGUGGGGCAAUCAGUAGGAGUGAAGACGGUUGUUGGGAGGGCGAUCGGAGAAGCAGGAGAGGUACCGAGUCCUGAUACAGAACCGUUCGGAAGAGGGGUGCCAUUGAAUAUAGAUGGAAAGAUCGGAAAUAGACUAAUGGCUGGAAUGACUGAGAAUCUAUUUGUACCAGUGCAAUCUGGAAAGAUUAAUGUUGACCCAGAACCUUCACCAGACUUGGAGAGGGAUAUUGAUCAUAUGCUUGCUGCUGCUCAUGGCUUAUAGAAAGGUGCCAUCGGCCGCAGUACUUCAGGACAGGAUGUGUUAUAGUUGCUCAAUCAUGGAAUUGACACCAACUUGUCUUGAUAGGCUGUCUUAUUAAUGUAGAUGCAAUGGAACCAAUCACAUUGCCCGCUGAUAUGUUUCGUGUGAUUUGACCAACUCAUCGAACAGUUAACAUUUAACAGUAACCAACUUGUUAAGAAAUCUGAUCAAGUCUUAAGUCGAACUCUAAGCAAGGCAUGAUUAACGGUUCGGAAAUCUUAUCAACAAGAUUUAUAAUGACCAUAAUAAUUGAAAUUCACUUUUUUUAUCAGAACUGUUUUCAUGAUUAUCAAAUGACUUAGAGAAUGUAUAUGUAAUGUUGAGGUUUAAUGAUAUACCUUGGUCUAAUAUUUUGAUGAAUUCAAUAGAUAAUAAACCUCUGUCAAGGUGAUAAAACCAACUGUCUUUAGGCCUUAGGUAAUCUGAAUGAAGUCAACUGCCCAUAGCUGAGCAAGUGAUAGUAUGUCUCUGAAAGGGGAUCAUUUGUCUUAUUAUAUAAAGGGAGAAAAGGGAGCCUCCCUAACUGCCCCGUAUGACAUUAACAGCAAAUAUAAUAAUUAUGAUCAAAUCAACCUAGGAAAGCAUUGUUGAGUAUUUGUUAUGGCUUCCUCCCUUAACAUUUGAUAGUUGAUAAUCCAUAGUGCAACACACUUUUAUUUAACAUGUAGUCAAAUGACUGAAUAGAUCACUUAAACAAAGACAGUCAUUAUCAAAUUUGAAAUUAAUAUGUUGAGUUUUAUAUUGAGUUAAAAUGAGAUAAUUGGAAGGAAAUAUUCUUAAUAUCUUUUCUGGAGUCUCUCUUUAUUUUGUAAAUCUGUUUCCAUUUAGCCAUUCUGUAAAACCUCUGCUUUGCAUCCUUCUACUUUUACAACAUGUACACAUUUUAAUCUGACAUAUGAGAAUCCACCGAAUUGGUAAUGGUGUCAGAGCUCUUCAGUAGUAAUGUUUUGUGUUUUCCAUAUGCAUGUAGAAUGAAAUUUAUAGCUAAAUUUGACAUUAAUCAUGCAGUCCUUUCAUUGCUUACAGAUGAAGUAUAGCAAACUACCCAAACUGAUAUGUAAAGUUGUUUUUUGUUUCGUAUUCUGUGAAUAAGAUUUGUUCUAUGCUAUCUGUGCUUCAGUACUAAUGAGAAAACCAAAGUUUUCAAAUACGUCACAGGGAUAAUCAAAGGGGUCAUGAAAAAUUCAUCACUAUUUCAGUUUCUUAUAUUAUUUCCCGUUGUGAUACUUCUUUGAGACCUAUGGUAAUUAUAUUCCAUACAUGUGUACAACAUUCAAUUUUAAUAUCUCAGUAAAUAUAUUUGUUAGCAAUUCUUAGAAAAGAAUUCCUUGUAACAGUCAGACUGCAGGUCCCAAGAAAGUGGCUUGUUUCAUCCAAGUGAUAUUCAUGACUUGAGAUGUUUUGCAUAUUUAAUGAGCUUGAUGCGGACCAAAACACCUCUUUUCAUUCGGUCAUUGCUGCUCUAAUUGUGCAUCGAAUUUCAUGAAUUUGGUACCAUUGUAAAGAAGAAGAAUCAUUCUUUCAGGUCAUGUGUUUGGAUUUAUUCAAAGAUUUUGUAAUAUAGGUUAAUAUUUUGAUCUAAAAUAUGCUACAAAAUAAAUAUUUUCACCUGACAAAAGCUGCUAUUUUCACACUUUAUUUUUUGUGAUCUUGACCCGAUUAAAAGGUGCCGCAUAUCAAGAGUGGCAUUGUGAGAAAGUACAGAAGUUCAGCUUUAUGUUGAUAUAGAUAUCAUUGAGGCUCAAAAUAAAAAGUUUUGCACAAUUUGCAAAAGAAAACAGAGGAAGAAAAUUCAGUAUUGAGGCACAUUUUCAGGCCAGAAAUUUACUUAUUUAACAAAAUAUUGUGUUUUCUUUUUUUAUCAGCUAUUUAUUUUUUUAGCUCUAUAUUGGGGCCAAUGUCUAUAAAGUCUGUGGCCCGUAUUCUGAAGUUAAGUUUAAGAUAAACUUUAUUUUAAAGUUGUGGUUUAAUUAUGGAUAGCCAAUAGUGGCAUAAAUUUCUAACAGUAGGCCUAUAUUUUCACUAAAUCAGCUCACUUUUCUCCCAAAUCAUUCUUAACUGUUUCAGAAUGAUAAAUGAGAUAGCCUUCUUCUAAUUCACAAGCUAGGAAAGAGCACAGUAGACAUAAGAAACAUCCAAUGUCAGGAAAAUUUUGACAUUUUUGGCUGUCCAUAAAUUUAGCACAGAGUUAGGCCAUGGUCUAAGUAAAAACCGAUUUCAGAAUACGGGCCAAUACCGGUAAGUCUUAUAAUCCUAAAGUGAUGGCACAUAAAUUUGCUUUAUGAUAAAUAAAAGUAUACAAAAGAUGUCUUGAAAACUAUUCACUAUCUCAACUAAUUGCUUUUAUUCAUUUUAUCAGAACAAUAGACCAUUUCUGACUUACCCCAUGGAGAAGUUUGUUCAAAUAUUUCCUUUCUUCUAUUUCUUCUAAUUUCAAAGCAAAAUAUUAUAUAUGCAUGCUUGACAUAGCAGGAUGCAGAUAUUCAAUAGCCCAAGUGAACAGAAUAGCACGUCAAUUGUAUUUUGCCAACUGUUAAAUCAAGUGGCUAAUGGACGCAUUGUUGCUUUUCAGUGGAUCUCAUGAAAAGCACAAUUAAUGGGAAUAUAUAAACAAUCAAGACAUCAAAGAUGGUGCUUAUCUCAAUGAAUAUUAUACCACCAUGCCAUUUGAGUUCAAAUGACCCUCUGAUCAUUAUGUAGAAUGGAACUAUGAACUAAUUAGAUAAGCAUGUGAAUCCAUUGGCGGAUCAUGUCAUUUACCAGUCACUUGCCAUUAGUAACAUUUGUCGUGAUCGUUGAAUUGUCAUUGAAAUACUAGGUGCAAUUAUUUCAGAUUGCUGAAUUUAACCUUAAACAAGGUUAAUUCUUCCCCUUUUCCCAUUAUUUUAAUAAUAAACUUUGAAAGAUAUUGUAAUUUUUGUUUGGUAUCCUCAGUUUUCGUAAAUGAAUGGAAUACUCUUUAGUGUAUUAUUAUAGUAUAGCUAGCCAUUCCUUCUAAUUAUCUUCAAUCACCUUUAUGAAGUGAAGUACUUAAAAUGUUGGAAGCUAAUGUAUAUUUUCAAAUCAUAUAUUCUUGAAAUUGGGGUACUUAGAUUUGAGAAAUACCUGUUUUAUCCCUCAUAUGUGUAAAAGAAUAAUUUAUAUGCUGUUUAGAUAUAGUGUGAUAUUACUGCUUGACUUUUGACAUGAAAUAUUAAGUUACAUUGAAAUUUGACAAUGUUAUAUUUAUUUGAUAUUUUAUGUUUUACUUUGGCAGCUCUCCUCUGCAGUCAAAUCUUAAGGGAAAAUGCAUAUGGAGAUCUUGUAUAACAAUGACAUUUAGAGAGAUCUGAAACUUCUUUGACAUAAUUGGGAAGACACAGUUUGUUAUGUUAUGUAAGAAGUACAAGGAUGGUGAAGCCCUUUCCAUUUCUGGUAAGAUCUCAUAAGCGACUUUGCCUAGUCUCUUGUUUUUAGCUAGCGAGUAGCAAGAAAAAGGCAAAAAUAAGUUCCUUCAAUUUUUCUCCUGAUCAAGAUGAUUAAUAAACAAAUCAGAGAUGAAAAGAGUUCCAGUUUGACAUUUCAAAAAGACUUGUUAUAACAAAUACUUGUACACAAGUUAAAAAACAAGUUUAUUAUCAGCUGAUUGAAUUAAGCGACUGUUGUUUCAAAAUUUUUAUUGUAACAAGUCUUAGUAUAUAGGUCCCAGACCUAUCAUAAUCCAGAAAUUAAUUCAUGCGAGCUGUUAUACUUUGAGUCCACUGUUUGUGUAGUAUUAAGCAAAUAAUAACCAUUGGUGAAGGUGAUGGGCAAACCAUCACUUUCGAGGCGAGCUGGAUGUAGCGAAGCGAAGCUGAGGAAAGAUAGCCACAUCCAGCUUGCCAUCACUUGAAAUCAAGAGGUGAUUAUAGGCUUUAUAUUCCACAUCUGGAACCACUAUAGUGAAGAAACAGAUACCAGUGUGUUGACUCGGUCUUACCGGGAGGUCGUGAAAUCAAACCCAGGCCACGUCAGACCAAAAAGACGUUAAAAGAUGCGAGUUGCUGCUACCCUGUCUAGGGCUGCACAGUGGCUGUCGGGCCCAUGAUCAAUUGGGCAAAACAAAUUUUUGAGUAUUUCUGUUUCUGAUUUCUGAUAAAAUGAUGAUUUUUGAUUUUCAAUUUUUCAAUAUUCAUACGUCUCUACAAGAAGAAGUUUUAUUUUAAAAAAAUCAUGAUUUCCUUUGGAAAAAAAAAAACUAUUGUGCUUGUUUUACUGCUAGCGCGUAUGUAUACUGCGCAUGCUCAUCUAGACCUUGCGACAUUGUCACUGUUUGGAUGGAGAAUUAAUGAGAAUGAUGGAACAAAAAAUAGAAUGACAACGACCUCUUCAUUUCGCGCAUACUCAAACUAAUUUAUUAUGUGUUAUGACCAUAUUGGGUGAAAAGAUCGGUGAAACACAAAAGUUCCAUCACUGCGAGUGAUGAUUGAUGGGGAAACUACCCUUUAUCACGGGAAUGGCGUCUGACCAAUUUUAUGGCAAGGGUCUAAUUUAUGCGGAAUACAAAUUAAUAUAAAUAAACUGGGCUCAGAUGCUUAAAACAAAGCAACAAUCAAGAAAUCAGCACUGUGACAAAUGCGUGCAUUUAUUAUAGGACCUUCUUUUAAUGAUAUUUGCUGAAUCAAGCAUGAAUUGAUGCAUAAUGAGAUACGUACACUUCAUAGUUUAAAUCAUGGUUGUAAAAUCACCCUUAUUGAUGAUGGGAACAUUGAGUUAGUAUGUAUGGAUUUCUUAUUUCUCAUUGUAAAUAUAUUAUUGUUAAUAAUAUUAUUACCUGUAGGUGUGUGUAUGUGAAAUAGUAUUCAUGUGACAGUACAACUGCCUCUUAAGUAAAGAUAGCUAUAAAGUUCUCCACCGUGUGAUGUAUAUUGUUUUUUCUAGCUUAAAGCUGUGUAUAGUUUAUUAAUAUAUACAUUGAAAUUUUAUGAUUAUCAAUUAUGUGGUGCAUUUGAAUAGUGUUAUAUUAUGAUGGCAUGAUAUUGUAGUGCAAGCUGUUCAAAAUCUGUUUCUGUACUUGCUUUUUGAUAAACAGUAGCUGAAAAUAUUUUACUUCUAUUUCAACUUGUACUGUGAGAUUCCCUCAGUUUGAUGCUAUUUUUCAUGAAUCAACCAAUUACUAAUUGAUGUAAUUUGCAAAGGGAGAAACGGUACGCUGUGACAAAACAGCUGACAAUCUGUGCAUCUGUUAAAGGGAAGUUUCUAAUGAAGUGUUCUCUGUUUAAAAUCUUAACGUCAGUAAAGGUGAGCUGUAUUAUCAAAUUUGUUUAUUGUCAAUUUAGGGAAGUAAUCCACUGACCAUUUUGAUGAAUUUACCUGUACUUCAACUGUUUGGUUAUCCUCUAGCAGGUUUAGACAUUUUUAAUCAUUCAUUUCCUUUACCUAAAGUGAAAAUCCCAAAGAAUAUGGUAUCAAUGAAGCUAUUUUUUAUUGGUGGUGUGGGGCUUAGAUCUACCUAUUUUUGUUCUUCAACUUGAAUUCAUUUCUGUGAGUAUGGAUGCAUUACUAUGAAUUUGGAGUGCUUGGUGUACACAUGCAUAUUCAUAGGAGAAAUGCCACCAUUGUUGUAAAAUAAAGAAUGACUAUAACUAAUAAUUAUAGUGAAAUCAGAUGUAUGCAGUAAUCUUUCUUUUGGUGCUCUUCACUUACAAAUACAUUUUCCAUCAAAAUUAGUAUUUAUGAUUUCAAUUAUUGAAAAAUUCGAUUUCAGUUUGUUUAUAUUUUGUGUGGAUAACAAUAUUUCCUGUGUAAUUUAUCUUUCCAUUUUAUAAUGUAAGUGGUUAAUGACCAAUCUCUUAUUAAAUGUAUUUUGAUGUCUUUAUUACUUGGCAUGACAUGCAUUUGUUAACAUCAUUUUUAAUUACCCAUUUUGUUAAUGUCAUUUUCUUGCAUUAUAUUUCUUGAUUAUAAACAGGCAAAUAGAAGACACAUAGCUUAGAUAAUCAAAAUUAUACUGCAAACUAGUAAAGAAGUAUUAUGCGAGAAUGCAUGUCAGAAUUUUACAUGGAUGGAUAUUGUUUUUAUCCAAGUCAUGCUGAGCUUUAAUUAUUUCUGUUUUUCUAGUGGAAAUAAUUUUGGAAAUGCAAGGUUCAUGUUAUACAAGGCUCCACAUUAACUUUUUUUGGUGGUGGCCCGUUCGGGCCACCAAAACCAUCAAAUAAUUUUUUUUGGUGGCCCGAUAUUAAAGUUUGGUGGCCCGAAAAAUAUAAAGAAACACAUUAAAAAGUAAUAAAACAAGCUUCUGAAAUAUUAAUUCUGCAGCCACUACCACUAAGUUACUUUCACUUUAUCAUCUUGUAUGUAAACCUUGUUUGCUGUUAUUUUACUUUGCUAAUUGGCUUGUGGUAAAAUAUGAAUUGUUUCUAUCGUAAAAAUUAAAUGAUUGAAAGAGAAUAAAUGAA